AUGAUUUCUCUGCUCCAUACUUACUCUCCCUUUCUGCUUACUGUCUCUUUCUCUGCUCCAAACUUACUCUCCUUUUCUACUUACUCUCUCUGCUCCUACCUUUAUCUCAUCUUUCCCUCUCUCUUCUGCCAUGUCUACAUUUUUUCACCAUUUUCUAUUCUUUCACUCUUUCUAUAUAGUCCUUCUCUCCCUUUUCUGCUCAUUGUCUUUAUUUUUUCUUUCCUUUCUUUAUAUAUAUCUUUUUCUCACACCUUAUUGUCUUUAUAUCAUUCUCAUCUUUUCUCAAAUAUUCUCCCUUUCCUUCUUACCCACUUUUUUCUUCACUACACCACACUUUCUUUCAUUCUAUCUCCACUCUCCUUUUUUGACCCUCAUUGUCUUUAUAUUUUUCUCUCCUUUCACCACACCACCAUUUCUCUCACAUUUUCUCUUUCUAUUUCUUUCUUUCUCCCUCUCAUGCAUUUUUUUCUUUCUCUUCCUCUCUCACUCCCAUUAUCUACUUUCUCCUUCCCAUGUAUGCCUCCCUUUCUUUCACAUUUCUCCUUUAUGCCUUCCGCCCUCUCUCUCUCUCUCUCAUUUUAUUCUUUUUACCUCCAAUGCAUAUCUCCCUUUCUUGCACAUUUUUUCCCUUUUUUCUUGUUCUUUUUCCUUUCUCUUUAUACCCAUUUUCUACUUUCUCCUUUAUGCCUUCCACCCCACUCUCUCAUUUUAUUCUUUCUUCAUCCCAUGAAUCAUACUUUUACUUAUCUAUCAGCCUACUCCUAUCUAUCUCAGUUGGUACAUAUCUAUCUAUCUAUCUCAGUUGGUACAUAUCUAUCUAUCUAUCUAUUUCAGUUGGUACAUAUCUAUCUAUCUAUUUCAGUUGGUACAUAUCUAUCUAUCUAUUUCAGUUGGUACAUAUCUAUCUAUCUCUGUUCAUAUCUAUUUUAG